AUGCCGGCCCUCGACAUCGAAAACCCAGGCGUCUCAGCCGUAGGCGCAUUCGGGCGUCUUCUCACAGAGCUUCUCGACGAAGCAUCGGCCGCAAAGCAAACAACAACAAUCGAGCCUGCUCUCGCCAAGUCCGACUUUGUCAACAUACACGACCGAGUUUCGUCCUCGCUCACUCGCCCCAAGAGCGCGGGCACAGAGAACAAUGCACCUCCAGACACGCUCAGAUCACGGCAGUUUGCCCUUGUAGAAACAGCGGCUCGCGAUUUCUUCAGCAAGUUAAUCGCGACAACGUCAAUUGAUAGCCCGGAGUUUGUAAAGAUGUGGAACCUGCUGGAUAUUCUGUCAAUACUCUCCGACGAUGGCCAAUGCGACCCGGCGCUGUUAUUCUGGCUUGUGGAAGAGCUCCUUGACAGCCAGACCAUCUCUGGAUGUCGCAAAAUAUUCGACUUUCUCGAAUCAAGACGAGAGCGCAUCACGGCCAAGCAUUUCAAGCAGAAGAACCUUGUUAUUCUCCGAAGCUGCAAUGAGCUGCUGCGGAGACUGUCGCGUGCUGAAGACACAGCUUUCUGUGGAAGAGUGUUCAUCUUCAUGUUCCAGAGCUUCCCUCUGGGAGACAGAAGCUCUGUCAACCUUCGAGGAGAAUACCAUGUUGAGAACGUGACAACGUUUGAAACAACAGAAGAGGACGACAGCAAAAUGGAAGUUGAUACCCAUGCUGAUACUCCAAAGGAGCAGGGCGAUGCCAAGACCCCUGCAAAGAAUGUUGCUCAGGAUUCAAGCAAAGCUCUCGAUCCCGACACGCUCUACCCCAUGUUUUGGUCUUUGCAAGAGAGCUUCAGCCAGCCCUUGAGAUUAUUCGAUGUCGGCCACUUUGCAAAGUUCAAGACCAGCUUGGAAUCCACAAUCACUGCCUUUCAAGCCAUCCAUGAAGACAGCAUAUAUUCCUCAAAGUCGAUGGAGAAUCUUAAGCGGACGCUGAAGCGAAAGAGGGACGACGACGGAACUGAGAUGCUUCCAGAGGCGUUCAAUCCCAAGUAUCUUACCAGCAAGGACUUGUUCCAGCUUGAGGCAAGUAUUACAAUCAGCGACCUCUCCUUUCGACGACACGUUCUUGUGCAGGCUCUCAUCAUCACAGACUUUCUCUUGUCCCUAUCAAAGGAGGAAAGAGAAAAGCGAACCAACAUCAACGUGUCUAACAAGUCGGUCAUUUAUCCAGACCAACUCAACGAGGAGAAUACAAAAUGGGCUACGGACAUGAAGAAGGUAAUAUCGGAUUAUCUCAAGCAGGGAAGCGACGGGCCAUACUUUUUUCGCAUGGUAGAAACAGUGCUGGCUAGGGACAAGAACUGGGUCUUUUGGAAGAUGGCCAGUUGCCCGCCCAUCCAACGCGACCCGGUAUCGGCUGCAAGCUUUGUCGAGUCCAAAGAAGCUGCGCAGAAGAUGGCCACGAAUAAGCGCCUGCGACCAAACCCGCUGAAUGCCGUGUCUCUUGAAUUUCUGGCAAACGAAGACGAAGGCUCCGCGAUGGAGAAGCUCAAGUCUUCGGAGCGCUACCAGCUGCCCGAACUCGACGAGUUCAAGAACAAAAUCGCGGAUGACGACUUUGAGAUUGACAUGCCGACAAACAACGAGACCAAGGCCGCGGCCGUUGCGGGCAAGGCGAGCAAGAGCUGGAGAGCCCUUCGGAUAGCUUCACGGUUCAAGCUGGCGGCUUUUGAUAAAAUCGACGACCCCAAGAAGAUUAACAUCAUUUUUGAAGAUGACGUUGAAGGGGACGAGGAUGAGGAAGAUGCUGAGCCGACGGCGAGCGAGGAAGACAUGCCCAGCAAUCGCGACCCGAUCAUCCUAUCAGUAUCUUCCGGUAUUGAAGCAUCGGCUCUGAGAGAGAAGCUCAUGAGUGAGCACAAGGGCGUCUUUGCUCAUGUUGUCCGACACGCCGUGCGGGAGCCCGCUGAUGGCGAAAUCAACGGCAAAGCGUUCCAUUUCGUCAAGGCUCAAGAGUUCAACCAGUUGCGAGACGGCGAUCGACUCAUCGAGUACGGCACUCGCGACGGCGUAGACUAUGGCACCAGCACAAAGGCCGUAGAUGCUGUCGUCGACACGGGCAAAGUUCCCAUCAUUGAGCUUGAUCUCGAGGCCGCGCAAUUCGCCAAGGACAUGGACUUUUCAGCCCGCUACAUCUUCAUCAAGUCUUCCGCCGAGGAAAUCGACGAGUCAAAGACCAACGAUCUG